AUGUUGAAGGAGGUGACGCUGGCGCUGUUGAAGCCAAGCAUCGCACAACACCCACACAGGCUACAGACGGUGCUGCGGUCCAUCCACGCGAGCGGGUUCCAGAUUGUGCGGUCACGCGAGUGCUUGCUAACGAGGGAGCAGUCGCAGGAGUUCUACAAGGAGCACAAAGGACGCUUUUUCUACCGCCGCCUCGUCGACUACACAACCAGCGCCCCGUCAGUGGCACUCGCACUCGCACGCAAGGACGGCAUCAAGGUUUGGCGCUCCAUUAUGGGGAAGACAAAGGUGUACCAGACGCACAUCCACGAACAGGCCACCAUCAGAGGGCUCUUCGGCGUCAGUGACACGCGCAACUGCGUGCACGGAUCAGACUCGCCGGACUCUGCCAGACGAGAGCUCGCCAUCUUCUUCCCCGACGAGGACUACAACCAACUCGUCAGUGAGGCCAACGCUCCAGCACACGAUACGAAACCCCACAGCACAAGCAAACCCCACGACCACUAG